UUUCCUUGGCUGUUUCUUUUCCCUCUCGCACUCUCUUCUAUGCUCUCAUGCGUUACAAAAGAUUGGAUUUUGGGGUUUUUUAGCUGUCGGAGAAAUUUGCGGAGACGAGGAGCAGUGAAGGUAGAAUGGCGCCGGCGUUGGAUAUCAGCUGAAUGAUUUGAAGUGCCGGCGAGCAUAAGGAGGAAGAAGGGGAAAGGAGAGAGAUUUGGGCUUGUUUGUACUGGUGGGAAUCAUGUCUCAUACGAACUGGGAAGCGGAUAAAAUGUUGGACGUGUAUAUAUAUGAUUAUUUAGUAAAGAGGAAUUUGCAGGCCACUGCAAAAGCAUUUCAAGCUGAAGGGAAGGUAUCUUCGGAUCCGGUUGCUAUUGAUGCUCCUGGCGGCUUUCUCUUUGAAUGGUGGUCAGUCUUUUGGGAUAUUUUUAUUGCAAGAACUAAUGAGAAGCAUUCUGAUGUUGCUGCAUCAUAUAUUGAGGCUCAGUUAAUGAAAGCUCGAGAGCAACAACAACAACAACAACCUCAACAACCUCCACCAACACAACAACAACAACAACAACAACAACAACAACAUCAACAACAAGUUCAGAUGCAACAACUUCUAUUACAGAGGCAUGCUCAUCAGCAGCAGCAACAACAACAGCAGCAACAACAACAACAACAACAAAGAAGGGAUGGAGCACAUCUCAUGAAUGGUUCAGCAAAUGGGCUCGUUGGCUGUGAUCCUUUAAUGCGACAAAAUACUCCCACAGCAAAUGCACUAGCAACAAAGAUGUAUGAGGAGCGGUUGAAGUUCCCUCUUCAUAGGGAUUCUUUGGACGAUGGUUCGAUGAAGCAAAGAUUUGGAGAGAAUGCUGGACAGCUUUUAGAUGCCAACCAAGCUUCAAUGCUAAAGUCACCUGUGACAUCAGGACAAGCUUCAGGGCCAAUUCUACAUGGAUCAACUGGUACUAUCUCUGGUGCCUUGCAGCAGGUUCAGGCUAGGAACCAGCAACAACCCGGAGGAAUACAGGAUAUCAAGACUGAGAUGAAUACAGUAUUGACUCCAAGAGCUUCUAUUCCUGAUGGAUCAUUAAAUGGGGUGCCUGGUUCUAAUCAGGGUGGAAACAAUUUAACUCUUAAAGGAUGGCCUCUCACUGGUCUUGAUCAACUUCUAUCUGGGAUUUUUCAGCAGAAGUCAUUAAUGCCAACUUCCCAAACAUUCAAUCAGCUGCAAUUAUUGUGUCCACAGCAGCAGCAGAUCUUACUUCAAUCCCAAAAUUUAACGCAACAAUCAGCUGCAGAUAUGGAGGGAAGAAGACUGAGGAUGUUGCUCGGUAACAGGAACAUUGGGAUCGGAAAGGAUGGCAUCAUGAACUCAGUGAGUGAUGGAAUUCCAAAUGUUGGAGCGGCAAUGCCGGCUGGAUGUCCCGUUCUGCCACGUGCAGAUACUGACAUGUUGAUUAAGAAGAUAGCUCAGUUACAGCAGCAGCAGCAGCAGCAGCAGCAAGGCGGCCAGCAACUCCAGCAAUUGCAACAGCAUGCUAUGUCUAAUCAGCAAUCAAACGGUUUAAGUCCCCAUCUUAAUCAACAAGAAAAAAUGGUCACUGCUACUGCAGAUGGAAGCAUCUCAAACUCGUUCCGAGGAAAUGAUCCGGCUACAAAAAACCAUACAAGUCGUAAGCGGAAACAACCGGGGUCAUCUUCAGGUCCAGCGAAUAGUUCAGGAACAGGCAACACAGCUGGUCCUUCUCCAAGCUCCGCACCAUCAACACCCUCCACUCAGACACCUGGCGACGUGAUGUCUAUGAGUUCAAAUAAGCCUCUCAUGAUGUUCAGCUCUGAUGCUACUGGAACUCUAACUUCGCCGUCUAAUCAGUUGUGGGACGACAAAGUACAGGCCGACAUGGAUCGGUUUGUGGAGGAUGGAUCAUUGGACGACAAUGUCGAAUCGUUUCUUUCUCAGGACGACACGGAUGCACGAGAUGUUGUUGGUCGGGGUAUGGAUGUGACUAAAGGUUUUACCUUCAAUGAAAUUGGAGUCGCUCGGGCUAGUUCAAACAAGGUUGUCUGCUGCCAUUUUUCUUCAGAUGGAAAGCUUCUAGCAACAGGUGGUCAUGACAAAAAGGCGGUUUUGUGGUUCGUUGAUUCUUUGAAGCCAAAAUCGACACUAGAAGAGCAUUCGUAUCUUAUCACUGAUGUUAGAUUUAGUCCUAGCAUGGCGAGAUUGGCCACGUCUUCUUUUGACAAAACUGUCAGGGUUUGGGAUGCUGACAAUCCAGGAUAUUCACUACGCACCUUUACUGGGCAUUCUGCAACUGUAACGUCUCUGGAUUUUCAUCCCAACAAAGAUGAUCUCAUAUCCUCGUGUGAUGGGGAGGGAGAAGUGCGCUAUUGGAGUAUUACUAAUGGUAGUUGUACAAGAUUCUUCAAGGGCGGCACUGCACAAAUGAGAUUUCAACCACGUCUGGGGAGAUAUCUUGCAGCUGCUGCAGAGAACAUAGUGGCUGUAUUGGAUGUGGAGACCCAGAGUCGCCUUCAUUCAUUGCAGGGGCACUCUAAACAUGUCCAAUCUAUUUGCUGGGAUUCUUCUGGCGAGUUAUUGGCUUCGGUCAGUGAAGACUCGGUCCGGGUAUGGAGGGAGGGCGAGUGCGUGCAUGAAUUGAACUGCAGCGGCAAUAAAUUCCACUCAUGUGUAUUCCACCCCACCUAUUCGUCUUUGCUCGUCAUUGGCUGUUAUCAGUCUCUGGAGCUAUGGGAUAUAGCUGAGAACAAGACGCUGACGCUUGGGGCGCAUGAUGGACUGAUUGCUGCUCUUGCGGCAUCUAACAUUAAUGGAUUAGUGGCUUCGGCCAGCCAUGAUAAGUUUGUUAAGCUAUGGAAGUAGUUAGUCUUCUUCACCUAUUCUGAAAUUUUGGUACUGUGUUUAAUUGUAACUCUACACACAUUGAGUGUCCUCUCAAUUUAGCUAAUUUCAGAGAGGCAAUAGCUCCAUUUUGCCGCACUGCAAUAGGUUGCAGUAACAGCCACUGGUGCCGUGCUGUUGCACUCAAUGUGUGAUGAUGUGUAGCUGCAUCUAGGCAAAAUUUUGUACAUACUUUGUUAAGGGAACUAUCUGAAAUUUAUGAUUAUCGUUAUGGGGGAGGA